AUGGCCGAGGGCUUUGGGAAAGGACAGCUCAUAGGCCAGUGCAAGCAGCCAAGAGUGUGGCAGAUCGAUCACAAAUCUUGGAGGCUGUUUGCUUUGUUUUGCACAGAUGAGCUUGUGCGGCCGGUCAACGCUGUCGAUCUCAAGAGCCCCCGCAGCAAGUCGCCGAGCAGCAGACGUGAGGAAAACAGGUGCAAGCGGAGGCAGCUGAAGAAGGAUGAGCCUCUGUCGAAACGCGGUCAAACGCAGAGGCCCAGCGUGAGCCUCGUGGGCCUCACUGGAAAUCUUACGAUAGAGGCUUUGCAGUUUCUCCUUCAGCAGCCCAGGAACCGGUUGCUGAUCGAGGAGUCUCAUGAGUUACAGGCUGGCACUGAGAUGGGGAAGUAUAUGGCAAUGCGAGGGUCGGAGCAGACUCUUUUUCAACUUCCAGCCAGCAGGGCUCCGGUUGGUUUCUUGCGGCACAACAGCUGGGCUCGCGCUGUGGCUUCUGUUACCUUCCACGCCUGGGUGAACCACCUGAGAAGGCUGCGGCAAGAGGGUAUUGGUCGGCGGAGGCGAAGAUCAUCCUCAGUGCUGAUCGUGAAGGAUUUGGCAUCCUCGCUGCAUCCGCAAGGCCUAGGCGAGCGAAUAGACUCGGACUCGUCGGACUCCGGCGAUGGAGAAGAAGAGCCUGGGGAAUCGAUCUUCGAUCCCUUGGUGGUGGAUGCCGCCGCUUUGCAUACUGCCUUCCGCACUGGCAGCCUCAUGGCGAUUCUCAAAGCCAAACAGUCGUCCCACAGAGAGGCCCACCCAGACGCAAAGGAGAAGAACGUGCUUCCUGAACUCAGCCCGAGCAACUCCAAGACUGAAUCCGGCACCGGUACGGAGCGAAAGGGCUCAAAGAGGCGGCACGCCAAGCCCUCGAAGGAGACGUCGGGAAACUCGGCCUGGGAUGAGGAAUUUGGCAGCCCGGACGAGCGCAUGCGUCGAGAGCGCUUGAUGAACGACGCGGAGUACGUUGGAUUCCAGAUGGACAAGCUGCGGCGCACAAAGGUGGUGAACCGCCUUGCCCAGACCAGCGCGCCGGACCUUUUCGAGGCUGGCACUGGGACCAGUAUUCAGAAGAGCGGGCCUCGGCGCCUUGGAAAGGAUGGAGAGUCCAUCAGCUUGCCCAACCUGGCUCGAGGAAAAGCCGACCCGUCCAAGACGGUCGGGAAGCGUGGCAGUAGCACAUUUUUCCUCGACAAAGACGAGAAGAAGCGAGGACUGCCCACAAUUCCAGGGCAGGUCUUUUUUUAG